GAGGAGGAGGUGAGGGCGAACCGAGCAGAUAAGACAACUGGCUUAUUGGCUUGCUGCUGACUGUAGCAGCCCAUGUUAAUCAGAAACAACCAAAGGGGGUCUUGCUCGUUUGUGUUACAGGCCGGAAAAAAUAACCACAACGAAGCGCAGGAGCUACCGAGAGGACGGUAGCAUGAUAGUCGUGGAGGGGAAACGGACGGAAGAGGGCCCGUAUCUGCAUUUCACUUCGCCUACACCGAAUUCAUUGAGUCGGUAACCAGCGUCCGACAUGGGGAAGGAGGUAAAUGGUGUUUCGCGGAGUCGGUUUGAGAUGUUCACAAACAGCGACGAGGCGGUCAUCAAUAAGAAGCUGCCAAAAGAGCUGUUGCUACGAAUCUUCUCCUUUCUGGAUGUGGUGACACUCUGUCGCUGUGCCCAGGUCUCACGGUCCUGGAAUGUUCUGGCCUUGGAUGGCAGCAACUGGCAACGAAUCGACCUCUUUGACUUUCAGAGGGACAUUGAGGGCCGGGUGGUGGAGAACAUCUCAAAGCGGUGUGGAGGGUUCCUUAGGAAGCUGAGUCUGCGGGGUUGCCUGGGUGUGGGUGACAGCGCCCUGAGAACUUUCUCACAGAACUGCAGGAAUAUUGAGCUGCUCAGUCUAAACGGCUGCACCAAGAUCACAGACAGCACGUGUAAUAGCCUCAGUAAGUUCUGUCCAAAGCUGAAGCACCUGGACCUCGCCUCCUGUACCUCUAUCACAAACCUGUCACUCAAAGCCCUCAGUGAGGGUUGUCCCCUGCUGGAGCAGCUCAACAUCUCCUGGUGUGAUCAGGUCACAAAAGAUGGCAUUCAGGCCCUGGUUCGUUCAUGCCCUGGACUUAAAGGCCUUUUUCUCAAGGGAUGCACACAGUUAGAGGAUGAGGCUCUGAAGCAUAUUGGGGCUCACUGUCCAGAGCUGGUCACUCUCAACCUGCAGACGUGCUCACAGAUCACAGACGAGGGCCUCAUCACAAUUUGCAGGGGUUGUCACCGCCUGCAGUCUCUGUGUGUGUCCGGCUGUGCCAAUAUCACAGACGCCAUCCUGCACGCGCUUGGCCAAAACUGCCCUCGCCUCAGAAUAUUAGAAGUGGCCCGCUGCUCUCAGCUUACAGACGUGGGCUUCACUACACUAGCAAGAAAUUGUCAUGAACUCGAGAAGAUGGAUUUAGAGGAAUGCGUUCAGAUCACAGAUGGAACCCUCAUUCAGCUGUCUAUCCACUGCCCUCGUUUGCAAGUCCUGAGUCUGUCUCACUGUGAGCUGAUUACUGAUGAUGGCAUCAGACACCUCGGCAGCGGCCCCUGUGCUCACGACCGUCUGGAGGUGAUAGAGCUGGAUAACUGCCCCCUGAUCACAGACGCUUCACUGGAGCACCUGAAGAGCUGCCAUAGUCUGGAUCGCAUUGAGCUCUACGACUGCCAGCAGAUUACACGCGCAGGCAUCAAGAGACUACGGACCCAUCUGCCCAACAUCAAAGUGCAUGCAUACUUCGCUCCCAUCACUCCGCCCCCCUCAGUUGGGGGCAGCCGUCAGAGGUUUUGUCGCUGCUGUGUCCUGUUAUGAUGUAAAGACAACAACCCCCCCUUUCUUCACCCUGUGUCCCUAGUACACACUCCCCACAGCCCGUCACUUGAACCCUGACCUGCUGUCCCCUUCCUGGCCCCCUCUGUCGAAAAAAGUACAUGCUUGUGUGUCCGUGCCCCCCCCCCCCCUUUGGAGCUGCAGAGAGAGGGAGAGAGCCAAAUAACUCUACAGGACCUCUGGUAACUUUCCCCAAAACCUUCACAGAAAUGGCCACCGCGAGGUACACAACAAGCUUUUACACAAGCUGAAAUGCAGACACAUGCACAUAUUAAGAAGAAUGUCUGGACAUUCCUGCUCGGUGUUCAGAGGACUAGCCAGUAUUACAAAGAGGGUUAUGUAGAAAUCAAAUGUGAUCGCCACUGUUAAGGGAUUUUACUCUUCAUUGAGUGAAGUUCAAAAGAUUAGUUCAAAGGAUUACAAAACAAGACUUCAACAUAAAAACCAACCGCUUCAUAUUUUAGUGGGAGUUAUACUCUUUACUCUUUAAGCACUUUGAGACAGAUUCCAUUCAUACUGAAGAGGUUAAGAAAUCCUUCUUAACUUCUCACACGUACUUCCCUCAGUGUCUAAGGUCAGUUAACAGCUACCUCCAGACCAGAACUGCACUCUAGACCUCUGUUAGCUUUGUUCUGCAGGCUGUUCAUUUCAAAAAGGGGAAGCAUCGCAGAAAGUAAACUUUCAACACCCCAAACACACACAUAAAAAGCAGCAGGAAGCAUAUUUUUCUGAUUUUGUUAUUUUUUAUUUUUGAAGUAGACUUGCACCUUUUUUUGCACUUCCAGUUAAGCAAUGAUGAGACACUUUACAAAGACAGCCCUAUCCUUAAAUCUAAGACUGGCACUGAAGACUUCACUUACAUGCAUACACUGAGCUUGCAACACCUGUACCCUCACCUCCCUCCGUCUCUCUGUUACAAUCAGAAGCUGCGAUAUACUGAGGAAAAAAAAAGACAAAGUUUAAUAUUUUUUUAAAAAAUGGACACCAAGUAAAACUUACAAGUGGGGGCUGGAGAAGAUGCCAAAUGUUGCAUGUGACACCUCUAGUUUUUUAAAGUUUAACUGUAAAUAUAUAAGGACUGUGGAGUCCUAGAGUCAAAGCCAGCGAAGCAACAGAGGACGAUAUAUAAGACUGCUGUUGAUGGAUUUUCCUGAGGGAAUAACAAAAUAGCAUACAUGCUUGAUAAAGUACGUGCUGGAGCUUUGGACAGUCAAACUGAGCCGGUUCUUUAUCUGGAGUCUGACAGAGGAACUGAAGCCGGCCUGCUAAAGCUCGAAACAGUAAAGUUAUGAAAAAAAAAACAACCUCAUUUGACAGAAAAAGAAGAAAGUCUGACAUCACUACAUGAAUCUUUGCUGUCAGAUCAAGACAAUGGAAAGAAAAAGCCAACUAAAAACAAUCAAAGUAAUAAUAAUUAUUUUACAGUUGGUUUGAUUUCAUUAAGUCACUCGUCUUCACAUCGGUAAGGGUUCUGCUGACAAGGAUCCGGUGAAUCAUGUACAGCGAUGAGAGGGCGUGUCCAAUGUCUGAGUGGCAUCAGCGACUCCUCAACUCCUUUUGAGGCCUUGCAGGGGGAUAGAGUGACAGAGUGCUGCACCCUGCCAUCUUUGGCUUCCUCCGUCUGUCUGGGACCAGUUCCACUGCUGGAGGUAAAGACCAGAUCCGACUGGUGAAGUCAUUGUAAGAGGAAGUCAACUGGAUCUUGAAUCUUGAGCACACACUCUGGCCUGCUGACAGAUAUGAUGGAAUGAUUUUUGUCGCAACGGUGGGCUGCCAUGGACUUCGGCCCCCCUGCCCUAUGAAGUAUUGAAGCCUUUUCUUAUGGAUUACCUUCCCCUGCACUUGCACCUGCUUUACUCUGUGUCUCUCUUUCUUCCGCGUUCAUUUUUAUUAAUGUGUCCUUUUCUGCUUUUCUGUCUGAUUCCUCCUGGAUCUCCACUGUUUUCUCUUCUUUUGCAUUUCUGUUUUGGUGUGGUUUGGAUUGCGCCUGCUUUGUGUUUGAAGUCACAAGUUCACUGUCUCCAAGUUGAGUUUGAGUCCUCGUCCAGUCCUCAGUUUUGAUCUGAAGGUGUUUGUGUUUUUAUUAAGAGUUUAUUGUUACUAAAUGUCCAGAGUGUAGCCUUUGUCUGGGGGAAGUGUUGGCAACCAGUGCAAUUGUAAUAAAUGUAAAAAUUUGAGUUGGAUUUUUUAAAUGUGAGUUCAGGAGGAUUUCAGGAUUAUGAUGAUAUGUAUGUAUGAUGUAGGUUCUUCCUAUUGAAUGUUUCCAUCAAGGAGAAGUCCUGGAGAUGGCUUUUCAGGCAUCGUGUGCCACUUCAGCAGAAUCCGAUUUUUCUCCCGUUAGCGUGCUCUCCUCAUCUUGAUUUUAAUGCCUUGCUUUUUGAAAUACUCCCCUCCCAUAAUGCACCCUGCUCAAAUACAAGGCCAAAACCCAUUGUGGAAUGUUGAUCACUCUCAAAUGUCCCAGUUCUGGUUAAAGAUGCAUGCCAAGAGGCAAAAGACUCUAUGAUGACUCUAUUCAGUUUGUGAUACGACAGCUACAGCAGGACGGAUAAUACAAGCUGAGAUGAAUCCAGUGUAAUCCAGUCUGAUUUGUUUUGUUUGAAUGAGGCUUUAUGGGGAUUAGAGAACAACUAAGAGUCAAAAUGGCGGAGAUAUCUAAUGUGCUCUGUCACUGUGCUCCGGGGUUAACACAAUGAACUGGAGGAAGAAGGAAAGUCCAAGGACUUAGAAUAGAAAUCUGGUUGUAACAAUUUUCAUUCCUCUGACACUUCAGAUGGUACAGGCCGAGUCAUUGUUGUGGCUGGCGACGUGUGCUUUGACAGCAAACACUUUAAAUUGAUUACAGGUUCUAAUACUCAACCAACUCCUGAUGGUUUCAUAUGUGAAAAAAAAGAAAAAAGAAAUAACCUGUCAUCAGUCUUUUCAUGGUACAAUAUACACUACAUGCCCGACAAAGCAAAACAACUCAUUGAUUUCUCAUCCUUGUAUCAAAUACAUCUGUAUCCUUCUAUCACACUAACCCAUGUUUACAGAGUCCAGAUAAUAAGUCUUCAACCAGUUUGUUUGUUGUAGUCCCUUCCAAAACACUCGAGUCUGGCUGGGGAUUAGGACAAAGCGCAAAAGGUAAACCAACGGUGAAAGUCCAUGGUAAAACGACGCCUGAGAAAUUUCAAAAACAAUUUUGACAAUGACUGUAGUUAAUAUAAUUACUGUAAUUUUUUUCCUUUUUUUUUCUUUCUUUCUUUUUUUUUUUUUUUUUUUUUUUUUUUUUUUUUUUUUUUUUUUUUACAAUUAACCGAUAUAAAUGAAUAUGUACGUAUGAAUAAAUAUAUACCUAUAUUAUUAA